CUAUCUAAUCGUGUAGUAAAACUAAUCUGUUUGCUAAUUAUCUUCUUUAUUUAGUCGCGAGAAUAUGAGAUGAAACUAGAAGCUGAUAAAUUUGUGAUGAAAAAGAGAAGAAAAGAAAGAAAAAGGAAAGAAUUUAAAAGGCAAGCAAGUGGGAAUCAGUGAUGCACAGAGGCGAGGCAAGCUUAGUAAAGGCAAGCUGUCAAAUUUCCAGAUCGAAUAUGUUCUUCGUCGUUUCUCCCAAUCCCAAGCCAAGAAAUCAAUCUGAUUGAUUCCAAAUUUCGUUUCAAUUGUGGGUAAUUGGAAUAUGCAAUGGCAUGCCCUUCCAAUUCCUUGCUCUACAACGCCACCCUCUGCGCCUGCAACCCAGGCUACCUCUACAACCGGACCUCCAGCGCCUGCGCCCUAUUCGCGGCGGAGCCGCCGUUUGUCCAGCUCAGCAGCGGCGUCAGCUACGGCUCCGCCUUCACCUUCCCCGCCGCCAUAUUCUCCUUCGACUCAAUUAAGAAGUUCACGCAGUCGCAGGCCGUGUUUCUGGAGGCCACGCUCGUCAUACUCCUCUGCUGGCUCGCCUUCUGCCUCCUCCUCCGCCUCUUCCCCCUCGGCUCCGACGGCCGCUCCGCCGCCUUCAAGAUCCGCUGGUGGAUAAGCCGCCUCGACGUCGCUUUCGCCACCCGCCACUGGCUGCACGACCACCAACCGGUCGUCAAGCGCAAGACGGAGCUCGGCGGCUCCUUCUCCAUUGCUAGCUGGAUUGUCUUCAUCGGUUUGUUUGCCGCGUUGCUCUACCAAACGAUAUCGAAGCGAAGUGUUGAGGUGCAUAGUGUGAGAGCUGCGAAUGCGCCUGAUUUGGAGUCGUUCUUGAACGAUAUGGAAUUCAAUAUUACUACCAUUUCCAGUAUGAGCUGUGCUCAGUUGCGCGGUUUGGACACUCUUGUAACGGGGAAUCCUUUCUUCAUUGAUCAGAGAUCUGUUCGUCUUUCCACCUUUGCAAACUACUCUUGUCUCAACACCAGCGUGGGCCCAACCAUAUCUAUUCGCUGCAGUAACUGUCGCCUUAUCAGGGACUUCGCCUAUAUCUCGUGGUAUUUUGUUGAUCUUCCCAACAAUCCGGCUGCUGCUGUUGGCUUUCAGUUUAACCUCACUGCAAAGGAAAAUGAGAGGAAGAAGCAUUUGAGUUUUGUCAGUGGAAUUGUGAAGAAUGCCAGCGACUUUGAUGACAAACCGGUUACGUAUAGAGGGGCUGUGCCAAACAUUCUCCAAUUCAAUUUAUUUCCUAGACUUUACCGCAAUAAGCACGACUUAAAGCUCAUCCAGCCUCUGUUUCAUGAUUUUCUUCCUGGUUCGGCGUUUAGUGAGGUAAGUCAGCUUCAAGCAUCGCUCCAGAACUCUAGAGAUGGACUCAUCAACACUACAUUGGUUGUCAAUUUCCUGUCUUCAUAUAUUGUUGAGGUUGACAAUCAAAAUAUUUUAGGACCUGUGAGCUUUCUUGCUGAUCUCGGUGGCCUUUAUUGCAUAAGCCUCGGUAUUUUUUUCUGCUUCUUGGUCCAAUGUGAAUACAGAAUCAAACGGCUCCGCUACGAGGAUACCAUAAUGAAGAACAUUAGGAAUCGUGGAAAAGCCCAAGAUCGUUGGGCAAAAUUGAGAAAAUAUGUUAGAUACACUUGGGGAGCUUGCUCACUGGAUGACAGCAAAAGUGAGCAAAUUCAAUCAAGUUGCACAGGCAUUAUGACGAAAUCACUCCAUCACAGCGGAUCAAAGCAAAGAAUGCAGGAUAGAUCUAAUGCAGCCAGUCUUAGCAAUAAGGUCACCCUGCUGAAUGAUAAGAAAGUGGAGGCACAGAAUCCUCAGGAGGUCAGUUCAUGCUCGAUUGUAGCUCCAAAAAAUCUAGAAGGGCAAUCGUCUUUCUCAAUAUGUAAAGCAGAAGAGCCGUUCGAUGGAAGCUUAGAGCAUAACCAUGAAGAAGCCAAAGGUUCGAGCGAAGGCAGGAAGUGGAAGAAAGAUAAGGCGAUAAUGGUGAGGGAUAAGUUAAAAGCUGCCUUAGCCAAAAAGGAGUCGCCUUCUACGGUACACGAUGGGGUGAAGAGUGUCUAAAUAGUCCUGCAUUUGAUAAUACUGGGUUUCUAGCAUAGAGAUCAUCAAGCAGAGUAGAGCUCUUUUUUUCAUUCUUUCUUGUCUUGAUGCAAUAUUUGUCGACAAACUUCAUUAUGAAAAGAAGCAUUUAUUCA